CACCAAGCCAACUCAUCAGCUCAAGUCCUUUGACCCUUCGGUCUGUCCAUUCGUUGCACUCAACUAAUACUAUCCUUAAUUAAUUCACCACCACCACUCCCACCCUCAACCACCACCAACUUUCCCAAGUUCAAUCAACCAAUCAGCCAAAAUGCGUUACACCAUUGCCGCCUUCGCUGCUUUCGCCAGCUUCGCUGCCGCUGUCCCCCAGUACGGAUACGAGGCCCCGGCCCCCAAGGCCACUCCUUCCGCACCUGCCCCGGCCAACGAGUACCCCAGCUACCCCGUAGCUGAGGUCUCCUCUUCCAAGCCCGCUGCCGAGUACCCCAGCUACCCGGUCGCAACCCCCUCGGUCCCCGCUGCCGUCACCUCCAAGGCACCUGAGUACCCGGCCUACCCCGUCGUGUCCUCUACUCCUUCGGUUCCUGAGGCCAGCAAGCCCGCCAGCUCUGCUCCUGCUUACCCAGCAAGCUCUGCUUCGGCUUCCAAGCCCUCUGUCCCAGAGGUCUCCAAGCCCGCGGUUCCUGAGGUCUCCAAGCCCGCUGAGCACGCCAGCACCAGCGAGUGCCUCUCCUCCACCACCAUCACCGUCACCAUCCCCUACCCCACCGGAACUGGAGCUUACCCCGUUGGCCCCAAGCCUUCCGGCCCUGCUGGCCCCGGUGCUUCCGUACCUGCUCCUUACCCAUCUGCCCCUGCUCCUUACCCAACUGUCCCUGCCGGCACUGGUGUUCCCGGUGUCCCCAUGCCCUCCGCAUCCGGCACUGGCUCGUACUCCAAGCCCGCUCCUUCCAACCCUGCCCAGUUCACUGGCGCUGCCUCUUCGCUCAACGCCGCUGGCUUCGUUGCUGGUGUUGGUGCUUUGGCUGCUUUCUUCUUGUAAAUGUCAAACACCAACUAAGCUUGCCGCUUGGUAGGCUAUGACUUUACAUGAUGCAUUGCAUGGGAUCUGUCAAUAUGUUCGAGUAGAUAUCCUUUGUCUCGCAGAGGGUAAUUGUAAUUAGUGGGGAUAGUGUUGGUGAUAAAGAACUUGAAAAUUUACAA